ACAUUCACACAUGUGAUGAGCUACGAUGUAGCCACAGUUGCCCUGGGACGCACUGACAGAGGCGAGGCGAGCACAGGCACCACCGGACCCUCCGACCACCACCAGCAUGCAAGGUGGGUUAAGUGUCUUACCCAAGGACACAACAGAAUUCCCUGUCUGGGAACCGGGAUCAAACUAGCAACCUUCCGAUUACUGGACAACCCGGUCAACCUGUUGAGCUACUGCUGCCCAAUAGAUCUCAGAACUAAAGUUUUCCAGACCCACAUUUUAAAGUCAGAUUUAGCCCAAAGAAUCAGACCAUGUUUUAAAAUAGGUACAUUUACUCAAACGUACAUAAAUAACACAAAUGCUUUAGUAUUUGUAUCUUGUUUUGGACCCAGGAACAGUGUAAACGGACAUGUCGCUGUCCAUGGUGCUGAAUGUUGUUUUGGACGGGGUGGUGCUGUUCCUCUCCAGGCCUGCAGGGGCAGAAGAGCGGCAGGUUCCCAUAACCGACAACAACACGUGAUCAACUACAGAGGAAACAUGGCGAUGGCCAUUAGUGCUUCUCGUUUCUGUCUUCAGGCAGAACGAACCGUGUUCUCCCUAUCACCGGGACUCAGGCGAUCGGUCAGCUUGCCAGCCAGGGCGCGUUUUAUAUCCACAUCGACCGCGAGCAACUUUCAGUUCAGACUAGAUGAACACACCGCUCACAGCAGUCUGGACCUCUUCAAGAAAGACACAGGCAUCAUCUACCGCAUGAUGGGCCUGGACCCCACCCAAGUCCAAGACAACCCCAAGCGCUUCCGAGAAUGGGCCGUUGUGUUUGGGGACUCCAAGAUCAGCAGUGGGCGACACUAUUGGGAGAUUACUGUCAAAAAGUCCCAAGAGUUUCGCCUGGGGGUGGCGGAGGCACAGAUGUCAAGGGACGAGUGUGUGGGCACCAAUAGCUCAUCCUGGGUGUUCGGCUACGCUCAGAGGAAGUGGUUCGCCAUGACCAACAGUAAAGUAGUUCCCGUGACACUGGUUGGAAAGCCAGACCGUGUUGGGAUCCUGCUGGACUUUGAAGCAGGCGUCCUGGGGCUGGUGAAUGUCGAGAGGCCUUGCAUCAUCCACGCUCUCAGGGCUCAGUUCAAAGCUCCUCUCUGUCCUGCGUUUGGACUUUGGGACGGGGAGCUGCUGACACAUUCUGGGCUGGAAGAGCCAGAGGGGCUGAAGUGAUGCAGAACAAACAAAUCGGAUUGGAUUUGCCGUACGAGGCACCAGACUGGGUUUAAAACUCAGCCAACACUCUGCAUCCUAAAACUGCAGGGGGAAAAGCAUUAUCUUUAAAGUAAAUCAUUAAAAGCUUCAUGAAAGGUGAUGAAUUUUUUUGCUUCAGUCUAUCGUCACUUUUGAUGAUGCAAGUUCAUUUAUUUUGUGUUUGACCAACUCAGGCUGGUGUGUGCGUGUGCGUUAGAUUUAUUACCUCAUAAACUCAGAACAUGGCUGCUGCCGUAAACUUUUACACUGAACGUUGCGGCAUUUUUCUGUUAUAAAACCUCAAGUCAACACAAAACCUUCAGUAUCAUGUUGUUUUUCUAUGUUGUUCAAUAAAAUAUCUUCACUGCCA